AUGUUGGGAUGUAGUGGGAAGACUGCUAAACCUAGAACCUGCGACCUGGCUGCUGCCAGUGCUGCAACAGCGUCCCAUAAGGGGGUUAAGCCUGGGGCGGGCGCGGCCCGUGGAUCCGUGGGCAAGCAGUUACAGUUGGAAUUGUUGACCCUAAUGAUGUCUAGAGACAAAGAAAUUUCUGACUUCCCAGAGUCUGACAAUAUCUUCAAAUGGGUUGGGACCAUCCAUGGGGCUUUUGGGACAAUAUAUGAAGACCUGAGGUACAAGCUCUCCCUGGAGUUCCCCAGUGGCUACCCAUAUAAUGCUCCCACUGUGAAAUUUGUCACACCUUGUUACCAUCCUAAUGUGGAUACCCAAGGCAAUAUCUGUUUGGACAUCCUCAAAGACAAAUCAGCUCUGUAUGAUGUCAGGACCAUUCUACUAUGUAUCCAGAGCCUGCUGGGAGAACCCAACUUUGACAGCUCAUUGAACACACAUGCUGCUGAACUUUGGACAAACCCCACAGCUUUUAAAAAGUACCUGCUGGAGGCCUACAUGAAGCAGGUGACUAGCCAGGAGCCCUGA